GAGUAAGGAGGAAGUGCACCUGCAGCUCCAAGCUGGGCAGCCUUCCUGAGAAGAUGCAGCCACUCCUGCUCCUGCUGACCCUCUUCCUGUCCCUCAGGGCUGAGGCAGGAGAGAUCAUCGGGGGACAUGCAGCCAAGCCCCACUCCCGUCCCUACAUGGCCUUUAUUCGGUACUGGAAUGGCUCACGUAGGAAGAGGUGUGGAGGUUUCCUGAUCCGUGAGAACUUUGUGCUGACAGCUGCACACUGCCAGGGAAGCGGUAUGAAUGUCACCCUGGGGGCCCACAACAUCAAGAAACCAGAGAAGACCCAGCAGGUCAUCCCCGUGAAAAAAGCCAUCCCCCACCCGGAAUACAACCGCAUCAAUCACUCCAAUGACAUCAUGUUACUGAAGCUGAAGAGUAAUGCCUUGAAGACUGCAGCUGUGCAGCGCAUCAGCCUACCCAACGGCAAGACCCAAGUGAAUCCAGGGCAGGCAUGCCAUGUGGCCGGCUGGGGUCGAACAGAACCAAAUGGCAUUACUUCAGACACACUGCAGGAAGUGGAAUUGACAGUACAAGACAACGAGAUUUGCGAGUCCCGCUAUUCCAAUUACAAGAAAGACAUUGAGAUGUGUGUGGGGGACCCGAAUACACAAAAAUCUUCCUUUAAGGGGGACUCAGGAGGACCUCUCGUGUGCAAAAAUGUGGCCCAAGGCAUUGUCUCCUAUGGAAAAAAAGAUGGACGACCUCCACAAGUCUUCACCAAAAUCUCAAGUUUCCUACCCUGGAUAAAGAGAACCAUAAGAAGACGCAAACUGCAGGAAGUCAACUGACCACUCUCUGACUCUCCUCUGUAAUAGGAUCCACAGCAACAUGUGGAAGGAGCCAGUAACUAAAUAAAUGCCUUUUAGCUGAGUGGAAGUCCAG